AUUGGUAGUUUCGGUUUAAAGCGCGUGUGUACUGGUUGUGUUUGGCUACAGUAUUUUUAAUAAUUACGAUAUAGCUGAUCAAAUAAAUAAAUUAUAUAUAAUAUUAUGUAUUUUGAUCAUACUUUGUGAGUGUAUUGUUGUUCCUUAUAGUUCAAUUGUAAAUUUGCUCUUGUGAUACGUGGUAUUGAAGAUUUACGAAAAAUAUUUUAUUAUAAUUAUUUAUCACAUUUUGGAAUCAUGACUUUAACUAUGACAAGAAAAGUUAGUGAAUGCCAGGCAGAAACCGUCCAAUUUAUGCCAAUAGAGAAACUAGAAGAUGAUUGUAAACAAGAAAAGGAAUACUGCAAGGGGAACACAUUACUUAGGCGUGGUAAAAAAUUGGAGGAUAACAACAAUCUCACUGAUGCAGAUGUUGAGUAUAUCAAUUACAGAAAAUUGCUCAAGUAUGAGGAAGCACCUGAAUAUUUACAACAUAACCCGUAUAUCAAAGAUGGCUAUAGGAAGCUGCUGCCAACCAGACUGUGCUGGGAAAGCAUAUUCUGGUGGACAAAUGAAACUAUGAAUAUAUGGACGCAUAUAUUUGGUUUCUUCUUACUUCUAUUCCUCACGAUAAACGAUCUCGUCAUUAUAAACAUCCACGCCACCAUGACCGACAAGACGGUAGCUGCUAUUCUUUUCUCUUGCUUUCUUAUAUGCAUGGCGCUUUCAGCGCUAUACCACACAUUCUCCUGUCGAUCCGAACAAGAUUACAACACAUUCCUCAUGUACGAUCUCUUUGGUAUAGCGCUCUCCUUGCUGGCGAUUUAUACGUCGGGCGUGUACUAUGCGUUUUGGUGUCAUCAUGAGCUGAAAACUUUCUACAUGCUAUCAGUGACGCUGAUAUUCGUUGUAGCAAUGGUGCUUCAGACGCCGAGGUUGCAGGUUCCAUACAUGGUGAAGAUGUGUGUCUUCAUAGGUUGGGCGGCGUACGGUGUGCUGCCAACGUUACACUGGACCUAUGUCAUGGGAGGUUUCGAUAACCCAAUGGUGCAGAUCUUCUUUCCAAGGGUGAUCGGGAUGUACGUGAUUAGCGGUACAGCGUUCGCUAUAUACGCCUUCAAGAUUCCAGAACGUUGGUUUCCGGGUAAGGUUGACUACAUAGGUCACUCCCAUCAGUGGUGGCACGUUUUAGUUCUAGGAGCUCUGUACUACUGGCAUAACUCUGCUAUGAUAUAUGUCCAGUAUAGAAUGAACCACGGCUGUGCGAACACAAUGAGAAUAUUCUAGAAGAGCUUUAAAUAUAAAUUCAGGGUAAUUAUUAUAAAAUAGUGUUAGAUGUUUGAAUGGCCUUAUGAGUCUGAGUCUGCCACUAGCAUUAUAUUUGUGAUCAAAUGUCAAUUCAGAAAAAUACCGCGUGCAAAUGUUAUAGAUAAAAUUCUUGCUUAAUGGUGCUGAUUUUGGUGUACGAAAUCUUGAAAUAAUUAGACAGAAUUAUCUCUUAAAUUUGGAGAUAGCGUCUUGUCAAAUUAAUUUAUUUCGUGUACAAAAAAUUUACCAAUAUUUGUUAUAAGUAGAAUCGCAUGUGUUCGAAAUUUGUCCAAUCUUGUUAUUUAAACUUUUGACUAAAUUCAAACAAACGGCAAAUAAUCAUUUGACUUGCUCUUUGAUUAUAAAUUAAUUUUUAAUUGAGGAUAUUAGGAUUUUAAUUGGUAGCGGUGAGAAAUAUUGGCAAUUAAACUCGAUCAGUAAGUAAUACGGCAAAUUACUGUAUAUUUAUGUCAUUAUAACUUUGCACUAAAUCUAUAUUUUUUUUGUGAUUCUGAUGUUUAACUUUAGUGAAAUACAUUAAUACAAUAUUGAAUUUCAUAUAUUACGAAAAUAAUCUAAAACAUUCCUUUUGAAUAAAUACAAAAAUAUAUUCUAAGGCUAUACAUACUUUUUUUAUCGCAAAUCUCAUUUCAAAUAAUCUACGUUAAGUUAAGUUAAUGAAAUUUAUUGGAGUGUAAAUCGUAACUGUUAAUUUAUUUGUCUUUUAGAAAGUCUUUUAUUUCGCCUUUCAUAAGAUCUUAAGGACAGGAUUCCAGUUUAUGUUUGCAUAUAGAAAGAUGAGACCCCAUGCCCUGUAUUCUUUUUUCAUCUUUUCAUACUUGGUAGUUUCAAGAAAUGGGGGGCUUAGUUUUUUCCGUUAAACUUUAAUAUCUCAAAAAAUAUACAUUCCGUGUUUUCCACGAAUGUAAAGUUGCCGUAUUUUCAAAUGACACGAAACGUAAAUAAUAGCAGUGUUGACACAUUCUAUAGUCUUAAACUAGCUUACAGGUCUAUAAAAUAUUUUUUAAAAACGAAUAUACGGGUCAUUAAUUUUUUUUUGAAUUACAUUACAAAAAAAGAAAAUUUUGAAUGUUCAUUGAACAUAAUCUUAAGCUAUAGUGUGUAAUUGUAAAUUUCACUGAAAAUGUAUGGGAUGACAGUUCACUAUAAAAGAUUUUCUGUUUUGUUUAUACGUCGUGUCAUUUGAAAGCGAUUAUGGGACCUUUAAAACACUUUGAAACAUAACCGUUCAUUGUUAAAAUAAUUGUUGUUGAAAUAAAACUAGUUUUUAACGGAUUUAAUCG